CCUCCACAGCCCUCUAUUCCUCCCUAGUCCCUGUCCCAUUUUUGCCAACGGCGAUUCCUCUAUCUCCCCACCUCUCUCUCUCUCUCUCUCUCAGAUCUUCAAUCAAUCCUCUCUCGGGAAGGAAGGAAGAGGAAGGUGAGAAGAAGAAGAAGAAGAAGAAGAAGAAGAAGAAGACGAAAUGAGGGAAAUUCUGCACAUCCAGGGCGGCCAGUGCGGCAACCAGAUCGGGGCCAAGUUCUGGGAGGUGAUCUGCGACGAGCACGGCAUCGACCACACCGGCAAGUACAACGGCGACUCUGACCUCCAGCUCGAGCGCAUUAACGUCUACUACAAUGAGGCCAGCGGCGGCCGCUACGUCCCCCGCGCCGUCCUCAUGGAUCUCGAGCCCGGCACCAUGGACUCCGUCAGAUCCGGCCCUUUCGGCCAGAUCUUCCGCCCCGACAACUUCGUCUUCGGCCAGUCCGGCGCCGGCAACAACUGGGCUAAGGGCCACUACACCGAGGGCGCCGAGCUCAUCGACUCUGUCCUCGAUGUCGUCCGCAAGGAGGCCGAGAACUGCGACUGCUUGCAGGGAUUUCAGGUCUGUCAUUCUUUGGGAGGUGGCACGGGAUCUGGGAUGGGAACCCUUCUCAUUUCUAAGAUCAGGGAGGAGUACCCAGACCGCAUGAUGUUGACGUUCUCCGUCUUCCCUUCACCCAAGGUAUCCGACACAGUUGUUGAGCCGUACAAUGCGACCCUCUCCGUGCAUCAGCUCGUCGAGAAUGCCGAUGAAUGUAUGGUGCUCGACAAUGAGGCCCUUUACGACAUCUGCUUCCGGACAUUGAAACUUGCCACCCCAACUUUUGGUGAUUUGAAUCAUCUAAUCUCCGCUACGAUGAGUGGCGUCACCUGCUGCCUCCGAUUCCCAGGACAGCUGAACUCUGAUCUCCGCAAGCUCGCCGUCAACCUCAUCCCUUUCCCACGUCUCCACUUCUUCAUGGUCGGCUUUGCCCCGCUUACCUCCCGUGGAUCCCAGCAGUACCGGGCUUUGACUGUUCCUGAGCUGACCCAGCAGAUGUGGGAUGCCAAGAACAUGAUGUGUGCGGCUGAUCCCCGCCACGGGCGCUACUUGACUGCUUCUGCUAUGUUCCGUGGAAAGAUGAGCACGAAAGAGGUUGAUGAGCAGAUGAUCAACGUCCAGAACAAGAACUCUUCCUAUUUCGUGGAGUGGAUCCCCAACAAUGUCAAGUCCAGCGUGUGCGACAUCCCCCCCAAGGGGCUGAAGAUGGCCUCGACCUUCAUCGGGAACUCGACGUCGAUCCAGGAGAUGUUCAGGCGGGUUAGCGAGCAGUUCACGGCCAUGUUCAGGCGCAAGGCCUUCUUGCACUGGUACACCGGCGAGGGUAUGGACGAAAUGGAGUUCACCGAGGCGGAGAGCAACAUGAACGAUCUUGUGGCGGAGUACCAGCAGUACCAAGAUGCCACUGCUGACGAGGAGUAUGAGGAGGAAGAGGAGGAGAUUGAUGGUUGAGUCCCUGAGCCUUUCCCUCGAGUUUGAGGGAGAGUUAAUACAUACAAUGUGAUGUUUGUCGGGUCUCUUAGUAGCUAUAUUGCUUCUUGUCUGUGGAGGUGGUCAAAUGGAUGAUGACCAAGUUGUGUAUGAAUUUGUGUGCUUCAAUUGUAUUGCGGUGUUGUCGGGAGUUCUACUGACAGCUCUUUUCUCCUUUCUCGAUUGAUUGAAGAUGUCUGUAUUGAGUAGAUGGAUGAGUAAAGCGUGUACCAUUUGAAAGAUUCAUUAGCUUUACGUUUGUAAGAGUUCCUUUUAGCCAGCCA